CUCUUUUACUUUGUCUCUUUCGGUCCGAGCAACUCUCGCACAAGCACACACCAGUGGAAGGCCGCUUAGCCUCUUCCUAACUCUACCAUUGCUAGUUUCACAAACAACACACACCCUAACUCUCUCUUUCUCCCCCUCUCUCUCCUUCUCUUAAACAGACACUGGUGUGCUACACAUACAUACAUACACAAAUACACAUAUUUAGUCAUACACAAAUAUAUAUAUUAUUAUUAUACCGACGGAAUAUCGUGAAUGAAAGGAAAGAGUAUAGAUCACAGCAACUGAAUGAUUAACAACACAACAAAUAUAUAUUUAUAUAUAUAUAAAGAAGCAAGCUGCUGUCUUCUCGCUCGCUCUCUCUCUCUUUCUCUCUCUGCCUUGGUGUGUGUAUAUUAGGUUGUCUUGAUAACUACCUUUAGUCAAAAUAUACACACCUUACAACUCUCAUAGACACCUAAGCAUAUAUUGGAAACCUUCGUCCUGCAAAUAUACAGUAGCAACCCAACGUUGUAUUUAUAUAUAUAUAGAAACACAUACAUACAUGUGUAUAUAAGUAUAUAUAUAUAUAUUAUUCUAUGUGUGUCUAUAUAAAUCUACCCUUAUCUAUGAUAUAGUUUUAUUGUUUUCUACCCGGAGUCAGCCAAAAGAAAGGAGAACAAGGAACAAAAAAAGUCAACAACUUGGUGAUAUAUUUUAUUUAGAUUUCAUUAUAUAUUAUAUAUAUUUUACUAUAAUUAUUAUUGUUGCUGCAAUUGUUCUUGUUAUUACCAUAUUUUCCUUUUAACAAACUCUAAAACAAAACAAAAAAAGGAAAAUUUUAGAAACAUUAAAAGAAAGAAGAAGAAAAAAAAGAGUCUUGAAGGAGGUUGAGGAAAAAUAUUCAUCAUGUUAGCAUUAUUUCAAAGAAUCCUUGAUUGGUUUCGAAGUUUAUUCUGGAAGGAAGAAAUGGAAUUAACCCUAGUCGGCUUGCAGUAUUCUGGCAAGACAACGUUCGUUAAUGUAAUUGCGUCUGGUCAGUUCAGUGAAGAUAUGAUUCCAACAGUUGGUUUCAAUAUGAGAAAGAUUACCAAAGGGAAUGUGACAAUCAAGUUAUGGGAUAUUGGUGGUCAGCCAAGAUUCCGUAGUAUGUGGGAACGAUACUGUCGAGGAGUCAAUGCCAUAGUUUAUAUGGUAGAUGCCGCUGACCUGGAGAAGACGGAGGCAUCAAGAAAUGAGUUGCAUAAUUUACUAGACAAGCCACAGUUACAGGGUAUUCCUGUGUUGGUGUUGGGAAACAAACGAGACUUGCCCAGAGCCCUAGAUGAGAAAGAUCUUAUUGAAAAAAUGAAUUUAUCUGCUAUUCAGGAUAGAGAAAUUUGUUGCUAUUCCAUAUCAUGUAAAGAAAAAGAAAACAUAGAUAUAACUUUGCAAUGGUUGGUGCAACAUUCAAAAUCUGGUGGGCGAUUAGGCUGAUGUGUGUACAGUACACUGAUUUAUCUAUUUGAGAGAUUUGCUAAUGACACCUCCACCACUUCUACCAAAAUUCAUCAUCAUACAGACACCUGUGCUCAACAUUUUUCACUUUGGUUGUUGUUGUUGUUUUCUCACUUUCCCCCCUCUCUCUCUUUUUACAAACAGCUGCUAUUUUUAGUUGCAACUAACGAAAGGUCAGUUAACUUCUUCAAAUAUUAUUAAAUGUAAAACCAAGUAACACAUCUUCACAAACACACACGUGUGUGUUUGUGUGUGUAUGUAAGUAU